AUGCCAUUCGGGAAAAGCUCCACGAUGGACUUUAAGAGGUCAUCAUCGUCAUCGUCGUCGUCGCAGUGCUCGACAGCGACCCUUGUUGUGUUCGUUGCUCUUUGCUUGGUUGGUGUUUGGAUGAUGACAUCGUCCACUGUAGUCCCCGUCGACAUGUCUGCCACCGAGAUCAACUCGGAGAUGAAGCAACAAGCUUCCGAGACUUAUUCAGCGCCACUCGAAGAGAGUUCAACGGAGGUCUCCGGUGAAGCAACGAGAAGUGAUGCCGACACCAGCGUGAGCGAUCCUACAACUGAAACCAAAUCCGAGUCGUCGGAAGAGCAGAAGCUGCUCGACAAAACAGCUGAAAACAUGGCAGAAAAGACCCAAGAAGGCGAGCUUGGCAAGGAUAAGAAGGAUGAUGAUUCCACAAAAGCUCAGGCAUAUAGUGAUGAGAACGGGAAUACAGAAGGUGAAGAAGUGAUCAAAGAAGGUGGUGAGAGAAAAGAAGAGGGUGGAGAAAUGAUUAAAGAAGGUGGUCAGGAGAAUAGCCUCGACAAGAGCAGGGAAGGGAGUUCUCAAGAAACUACGGAUGGUGAGCAGGAAAAGAAAGCCGACCAGAAGUUUGAUGAAACGACAGAAAGUGAGCAAGACAAAAGCUCAGAACAGAGUUCAGAUGAAACUACUAAUGGAGAUGAGAAACCAGAGGACAAGAGCACAGAUCAGAAGGUUAAUGAAACGGCAGAUGGUGAGCAAAACAAGAUUUCCGAGCAGAAUUCAGAUGAAGCUAAGGGAGAUGAGCAACAGAAGUCCGAUAGCAACAACACAUCAGAGCAAGAUGGAAAGGAUCAGGGUCAGAUAGAGGAGAAAGGUGAGCAAAACGAAGACAAGGAGGCCGAAGUAAAAUCCAACGAGACCAUUACAGGGACGGGGAACAAAACGGAGGACAGUGUCUCCAGCGAGUUGUUUCCCGACGGAGCUCAGUCGGAGCUUCUAAAUGAGACGGCCAGAACUCAGAAUGGUGCAUGGUCUACUCAAGCUGCCGAGUCCAAGAAAGAGAAAGAAGUGCAAGCUACAUCAAAGGAAGAUGGUACUGGGUACAACUGGAAGCUCUGCAAUGUUACCACUGGGCCUGACUACAUUCCUUGCCUUGACAAUGAGGACGCCAUCAAGAAGCUCAAGACUACUAAGCACUAUGAACACCGCGAGAGGCAUUGCCCUGAUGAAGCUCCCACCUGUCUUCUUCCUCUGCCCGAAGGAUACAAACAGCCAAUCGAGUGGCCAAAUAGCAGGAACAAGAUAUGGUAUCAUAAUGUACCUCACACAGAGCUUGCAACCAUAAAGGGGCAUCAAAAUUGGGUGAAAGUGUCUGGUGAGUACCUCACUUUUCCCGGUGGAGGAACUCAGUUCAAGCACGGAGCACUGCACUACAUUGAUUUCAUCCAGGAGUCUGUGCCUGAAAUAGCCUGGGGGAAAAAUAGCCGUGUUGUAUUGGAUGUUGGCUGUGGAGUGGCCAGUUUCGGAGGCUAUCUAUUCGACAGAGACGUGCUCACCAUGUCAUUUGCUCCUAAAGAUGAGCAUGAAGCUCAAGUGCAGUUUGCUCUUGAAAGAGGAAUUCCAGCUUUCUCAGCAGUCAUGGGUACCAAAAGACUUCCUUUCCCUGGAAUCGUCUUUGAUGUUAUCCAUUGUGCCCGCUGUAGGGUCCCUUGGCAUAUCGAAGGUGGAAUGCUGUUGCUCGAGUUGAACCGGUUGCUGCGUCCUGGUGGUUACUUUGUCUGGUCUGCCACACCGGUUUACCAAAAACUUGAGGAGGAUGUUGAGAUCUGGAAUGCCAUGACAGAAUUGACCAAGUCCAUGUGCUGGGAGAUGGUGAACAAGACGAAGGAUAAAAUCAACAAGGUCGGCAUCGUAACAUACAGAAAGCCUUCGAACAACGAAUGCUACGCGAAACGAAGCGAAAGCAGCCCUCCACUCUGCCAAGGCUCUGAUGACCCCAACGCCGCCUGGAACGUCCCCUUGCAAGCGUGCAUGCACGAAGUACCUUUGGAUUCGGCCGUCCGGGGAUCACAGUGGCCGCAGCAAUGGCCGCAGAGGUCGGAGAAUCCACCGUACUGGCUGAAUAGCUCACAGAUUGGAGUAUAUGGAAAGCCUGCACCAGAGGACUUCAAGGCAGACUUCCAGCACUGGAAACGCGUUGUAAGCAAUUCGUAUCUCAAGGGACUGGGGAUCGACUGGUCUGGUGUGAGGAACGUCAUGGACAUGAGAGCCGUCUACGGAGGUUUUGCUGCAGCUUUGCAAGAGGUGAACGCAUGGGUGAUGAACAUCGUCACCAUCGACUCACCGGACACUCUUCCUGUUAUUUAUGAGCGUGGACUUUUCGGGAUGUAUCACGACUGGUGUGAAUCUUUCAGCACCUAUCCUAGAUCAUAUGAUCUACUUCACGCGGAUCAUCUCUUCUCCAAAACAAAGAAGAGAUGUAAACUAUUGCCGGUGAUCGCUGAAGUGGAUAGGAUUCUGAGACCGCAAGGCAAGCUUAUCGUAAGGGAUAAUGCAGAGACACUUGAAGAGGUCGAGAGCAUGGCAAAAUCACUGAACUGGGAAGUCAGAAUGGGCUACUCAAAGGAAAAAGGAGGAUUGUUGUGUGUUCAAAAGACACUGUGGAGGCCAGAAGAAGUUGAGGCAACUGUGUCAUCAUUGUCUUAGAGCAAAUGUAAAUCUCAGAUGUGUUUUCUUCUUCUUCUUCUUUUCUUUGUGUUCAUUUGCUGUUGACAAUAGAGGGAUAGGCAAUGGUUUGUGAUUCUGAGUGGA